AUCAGUGAUUAAAUAAAGGUUCACAGUAAAAUCUUCUGUGAUUAGGGGAGUUAAGAAUCUUCAUAAUGGUUCCAGUGAUAGCAAAAGCAUGGUUCCUCCUCCGGAAGUACAUCCUCACCAUCCCGCGCUUCGACCUGUUCCUCCAAGGCGCCUUGCUCAUCGUGGUCUUCCUGGAGAGCUAUGUCUUCCUGCUGCUGCGAAGAAACGCCGGGACGGGCUACCUGAGGACUAUUAAUGAAGAUUGGUUACAGCUAGGAGUUGGGGGAGCGGAGUUCCUACUAGGAGCAAUAGUGGCGUGGUGGGGACGAGGGAUGAGACAUUUCGCGCUGUCAGGCUGGCUUGGAGCAACAGCUGUGUCAGGGCUAAUCGUACUGGCUUUCCCCUUUGCUGAAUCUGGGCGACCUUCGGUGGAACUUUGCGGAGGUGACGUAAUCUCAGGUUCGUCCAACUUGUACGAGCUUCAACCCGCGGAAGACACACUGGUGGUGCCUCGCACAGUGUUCCUGGUUACCACGGCCCUCCUCUGCGCUCUCACCAAGAUCAGCGUGUGGGCGCAUGGCCUCACUUACCUCGACGACCAUGAACCCGAGAGCGGACCCUACUUUUAUGGAAUCCUAAUCUCAAUCCGACUGUCUCUUGGUCUGAGCGGACAGAACUGGAUGAGGGCGGUAUCAGUGAGGGACGACUGGUGGGAGGCCCAAAUAUCCCUCUCCAUGCUAACCCUCAUGUUCUGUAUACUGUUCACCCUCUUCCCGAGGAGGAUGGAGGGGUAUAAGGAGUUCGAGGAAAAGGAAUAUAAUUGCAUCUUGAAACCAAUUGGUCGUAUGUUGCGGAAUAAGGCGGUACUGAUUCAGACUGUAGCUUUAUCCCUUCUCAACACAGCUCUCUUUGGCUAUGUGAACUACGAUACAGCUACUAUACAGGCGAAAUUUCACGUGGAGACGCUGAGGCAGGACCCGCGCACUACACGAACCAUCAUGGAUAUCUUCCGCUCACUGGUCAUCAUUUUCUUUGUCUCGAUAUUCAGAAUGCGCUUCUCGGUCCGUCGCAGUGACGGCGUCAAGUCCAACACAGCUUCCAAAGUGGGCGGCGGUGUGUGUGUGUUGGUGGCAGCCUUCUUCUGUGUGCUGGCGGGCUUGCACUGUCAGACGGGGGACAUGGCUGGCUUUGAUAGUGGACUAUAUCAGCAGCCUAAGUGCAGCGCGGAGUGCGGGUGUGUUUCUGAGCGGUACGGGUUCGCGCCGCUGUGCAUUUUAAACACGAGCACCACUUACUUUUCUCCUUGCCACGCUGGUUGCCAGCAGUACGAAGAUCUUAAUGGAUUCCAGUUAUUUGAGGAGUGCAAGUGUGGCCCUCACCGCGCGGUGCGCGGCAGCUGUACCCUCCCCGAGUGCUGGUUGCCGUACUCCCUUUACCUGGUCUUCUUCACUCUGGUCCUCGCCGCUGCAGCGGCGUCAUUCCUGAUGCAAGGGAUGGUAAUAUUGCGCGCUGUCCGACGGCGGGAUAAGCCCAUAGCAAUCGGCGUCAGCUUCGCGCUCAUCGGGCUGCUGUCCCAUGUGCUGGGACAUUUCAUCUACAUGGUCAUUAGUUAUUUCACGUGCGCGUACGAAAAGGACGGCAUCUGCCUCCUCCACAAGUACUCCAUCUGGUCGGUAGGCGCGGUGAGCGCGGGGCUGGCCCUGCUGUCCGGCGUGUGCAGCUUCGUAGCGAGUCGGUACCCCGCCGCGCCCGAACUGCUCAGCACCUCCGACGUCUAUGUCGACGGCAGAUGAUAAUGGAAACGCUGCACUUAGCUCUAACUUAAGUUCUCAAUCCAGUUACCACAAGCACAGAAUGCUAACUAUCACUACCUACGCGAAUACCUACGUAAAGAAGCGACACUGACUCCCCGCUAAUUUAUCGUCGCCUGCAACAUAAUGGCUGGCUACUGGCACUGCCGUCACUCGAUUCUCUGAGAAGCACUGAUGUUGCUUAAUAUAGCGUUGUCCUUGUCCCGCUCGAACAUCAGUGCUAUACCGUUACCCACACACUCGAAUCGUGUGCGGACAGGCCGGUGUUCCGGUAGUAGUAAUAGGUAAUUAAAUC